UUAAUGUUUAUUUCCACCAAGUGGAUCCAAUUUAGUAUCAACGAACCAAUUUACACUUUUGUUGUCCACAGCUUUGGGUAUACCUUUAUAUACGGUCGUAAUUAAAAGUUUGUUUCGGCCCCGAGUGACUGCCUGAUUAGUCGGGUAUUUCCUUCCAUCUCUAACUGACACUCUUUAUCAUCUUCACUAUUUCAUGCUUAAGGGUUACCCUUUCAGUCACUUGCUAAAAUACAUUAUUCGGUGCCGGAAUGAUACAACAAUAAAUAAAUUGUAUAGUUGUCAUUGAUAGUUUUGAUAAUGACAAUUACAAUGAAAUGGCCUCUACACUCAACCGUUGGACACACAAUGACCUCUGUUUUGUCAAAUGCUUUCGUUAUGGUUUUGGGCAAAAGUGCAUUCUCACUUUUAUUCGCUGGUCAUGCAUCGGUAACUUUACUGAAACUCAUUUUGCAUAAUAAAACAACGCAACGUCAUGUGCAAGUAGAACGCAGUUAUCAUGCACGAUGUCAAGUUGACAUUUUUGGAACUUUUAUUUGUACGGUGUAUACACCGUGUAUAGUAAAGUGAACCCGGAAACUCCGUGAUUUGGUCUGAUGAAACUGGGAAACGUGCGACUGCGAAGAGGGGUGUGAAGACUAAUUUCCGGACUCAGUGAGGACCGCCAUGAACUCUGCAGUGAUAAUGAUCGUCAUCCUAUCUGAGAUCUUUGGUAUUUCAGGUUUCGACGUGCGGAUUGUUGAUGGAAGCUUCGCCUAUGAAGGUAGGGUUGAAGUAUUCCAUAAUGGCACAUGGGGUACUGUAUGCGAUGAUUACUGGGACAUCACAGACGCAAAGGUUGUUUGCAAACAACUCGGCUUCACUGGAGCAACUGAUGCAUGGCAGAGCGCACACUUUGGGCUAGGAACUGGUGAAAUACUCAUGGACGACGUCAUGUGCAGUGGAGAUGAGCUCAGGUUGCAAGAUUGUGUUUUCCGGGGUUGGGGUGUCAGCAAUUGUGGCCACGGAGAAGUUGCUUCGGUGUCAUGUGAACCAGAUUUCGAUGUGCGGCUUAAUGGUGGAAACACCCCAUCUGAAGGCAGGGUUGAAGUCCUCCAUGAUAGUCAAUGGGGCACUGUGUGUGAUGAUGACUGGGACAUCACAGACGCGAACGUUGUGUGCAAACAACUCGGCUUCAGUGGAGCAACUAAUGCAUGGCAGCUUGCACACUUUGGUGAGGGACGCGGUCAAACUCUCAUGGACGACGUCAACUGCACAGGAAAAGAGGAAAGAUUGCAAGAUUGUGUUUUCAGAGGCUGGGGUAUCAGCAACUGUUUCCAUUCAAGCGAUGCUUCUGUGACAUGUACACCAGUAAGUGCUGUGCGGCUUGUUAGUGGAAGCAUCCCCUCUGAAGGUAGGGUAGAAGUCUUCCAUAACGGCACAUGGGGGACCGUCUGUGAUGACGGUUGGGACAACACAGACGCGGACGUUGUGUGCAGACAACUUGGCUUCACUGGAGCAACAACUUCGUGGCAGAAUGCACAUUUUGGACUGGGAUUAGGUCCAAUAUUCAUGGACAACGUGAGCUGUGAUGGAAAUGAGGAAAGAUUGCAAGAUUGUGCCUUCCGGGGCUGGGGUGUUAGCGACUGUCCCCAUUCAAAAGAUGCUUCAGUGACGUGUGAACUAGAUACCAGAGUGCGGCUUGUUGAUGGAAACGUCCCCUCUGAAGGUAGAGUUGAAGUCUUCCAUGAUGGUCAAUGGGGCACUGUGUGUGACGACAAUUGGGACAUCACAGACGCAAACGUUGUGUGCAGACAACUCGGCUAUGUUGGAGCAACUACCGCGUGGCAGCUAGCACGCUUUGGGCCAGGAACAGGUAUAAUACUCAUGGACAACGUCAACUGCUAUGGAAACGAGUACAGAUUGCAAGAUUGUCUUUUUCGGGGCUUGGGUGCCGACAAUUGUCGCCAUUCCGAAGAUGCGUCCGUGACAUGUGAACCAGGUAUAAACGUGCGACUUGUUGGUGGCAGCGUCACCUCUGAAGGUAGGGUUGAAGUCUAUCAUGAUGGUCAAUGGGGCACUGUCUGUGAUGACUUCUGGGACAUCACGGACGCAAACGUAGUAUGCAAACAACUUGGUUUCACUGGAGCAACUAAUCCAUGGCAGAGUGCACACUUCGGACAAGGAGCAGGCGAAAUACUCAUGGACGACGUCAACUGUGGUGGCAAUGAGCAAAGAUUGCAAGAUUGUGUUUUCAGAGGCUGGGGUGUCAAUAACUGUUCUCAUUCAAGCGAUGCUUCUGUUACGUGUGAACCAGCUACCGAUGUGCGUAUAGUUGGUGGAAAGGUCGCCACUGAAGGAAGGGUUGAAGUCUUCUAUGGUGGUCAAUGGGGUACUGUAUGCGAUGAUGACUGGGAUAUCACAGACGCGAACGUUGUGUGCAGACAACUCGGCUUCACUGGAGCAACUACUGCGUGGCAGAGUGCACACUUUGGACAAGGACCAGGUCAAAUACUAAUGGACGACGUCAACUGUGUUGGAAAUGAGGAAAGAUUGCAAGAUUGUGUUUUCAGAGGCUUGAGUAUCAGCAACUGUUCCCAUUCAAACGAUGCUUCCGUGACAUGUGAACCAGAUUUCGUUGUGCGGCUUGUAAAUGGAAGUGUCAACUCUGAAGGUAGAGUUGAAGUCCUCCAUGAUGGUCAAUGGGGCACUGUGUGUGAUGACGACUGGGACAUCGCAGACGCAAACGUUGUAUGCAGACAACUGGGCUUCACUGGAGCAACUGAUAGGUGGAUUAAUGCACACUUUGGAGAGGGAGCAGGUCAAAUACUCAUGGACAAUGUCCACUGCGGUCCCAAUGAGCAAAGAUUGCAAGAUUGCCCCUUCCAAGGCUGGGGUUCCAACAAUUGUCAUCAUUCAGAAGAUGCUUCCGUGACGUGUGCGCAAGAUAUCAGUAUGCGUCUUGUUGGUGGAAGCGUCCCCUCCGAAGGAAGGGUUGAAGUCUUCCAUUUUAGCCAAUGGGGGACUGUGUGUGAUGACGGUUGGGACAUCACAGACGCAAACAUUGUGUGCAGACAACUCGGCUUCACCGGGGCAGCUACUUCGUGGCAGAACGCACACUUUGGACAAGGAACGGGUUUAAUACUCAUGGACGACGUCAGCUGCGGUGAAAAUGAUGACACAUUGCAAGGUUGUAGUUUUCCAGGCUGGGGUUCCCACAAUUGUCACCAUUCCGAAGACGCUUCCGUGACAUGUGAUUCAGAUAUCAAUGUGCGGCUCGUUAAUGGAAACGUCACCUCUGAAGGGAGGGUUGAAGUCUACUAUGGUGGUCAAUGGGGCACUGUGUGUGAUGAUGACUGGGACAUCACAGACGCAAACGUUGUGUGUAGACAACUCGGCUUCCCUGGAGCAGCUACUGUGUUGCUGAGUGCACACUUUGGACAGGGAACAGGUCAAAUACUCAUGGACAACGUCAACUGCAGUGGAAAUGAGGAAAGAUUGCAAGAUUGUGGUUUUACUGGCUGGGGCGUUUAUAAUUGUAACCAUACAGAAGACGCUUCGGUGACAUGUGAAACAGGUGCGCGCCUUGUUGGUGGAAGUGUCCCCUCAGAAGGUAGGGUUGAAGUGUACCAUGAUGGUCAAUGGAGCACUGUGUGUGAUGACGGUUGGAACAUCACAGAGGCAAACGUAGUGUGCAGACAACUCGGCUUUAGUGGAGUAACUACAGCGUGGCAGAGUGCACACUUUGGGCCAGGAACAGGACAAAUACUCCGUGUCAGCUGCAGUGGAAAUGAAGAAAGAUUACAAGAUUGUAUUCUCCGGGGAUGGGGUGUUGACGACUGUGUCCAUGGAGAAGAUGCUUCCGUGACAUGUAACUCAGCUCCACCUGAACUCAGUCACAACCCCGUGGUAACCCUCAUAUCACCUACGUCAGCUAGAGUAACCUGGCAGGCAUGGAACGCAAAUGACGGGGAUGUAGGAGAUGGACCGGUUGUUGCAUAUACAGUCUACGUUAACCCAAACAAUGGUUCCUCCUGGAUGAUUGCUGGCAGAGUGUUAGUAACAGAUCCAUCACAAGCAUCGUACAGCUUUCUGGUUGAAAACUUGCAGCUAGGGGCUCUGUAUGCUGUUAGUGUAGCUGCAGUAAGAGAUGGUGAAGGAGGGGAAGGACCGAGAAGUCCUCCGACUGUGAUCCAGACCCAACUGCCAACGGAAAUACCAACAACUCAGGGACCUACAACUGCAGCCGAUACCGAUGCACCCAUAAUAUUGGGUUGUCCUGAACCUAUCAAUGUCAACCUGCCGAUAGGAAACAGCGAUGUUGCCGUCUCAUGGAUUGCGCCAUGGACACCUGAAACUAGAUUAACUAACACCCGAACUCAUCAACCUGGAUCUAGAUUUACAGCUGGAGUAACCGCGGUCAUAUACACCUUCACUGACAAGGCUGGGAAUCAAGCAGUAUGUUCAUUCAAUGUUACGAUAUUAACUCCACCUAGACUCAGUCACAACCCCAUGGUUAUCCUCAUAUCAUCUACGUCAGUUAGAGUAACCUGGCAGGCAUGGAACGCAAAUGACGGAGAUGUAGGAGAUGGACCGGUUGUUGCAUAUACAGUCUACGUUAACCCAAACAAUGGUUCCUCAUGGAUGAUUGCUGGCAGAUUGUCAGUAACAGAUCCAUCACAAGCAUCGUACAGCUUUCUGAUUGAAAACUUGCAGCUAGGGGCAAUGUAUGCUGUAAGUGUAGCUGCAGUAAGAGAUGGUGAAGGAGGGGAAGGACCGAGAAGUCCUUCGACUGUGAUCCAGACUCAACUGCCAACGAAAAUACCAACAACUCAGGGACAUACAAAUGCAGCUCCACCUGAACUCAGUCACAAGCCCGUGGUGUUCCUCAUAUCACCUACGUCAGCUAGAGUAACGUGGCAGGCAUGGAACGCAAAUGACGGAGAUGUAGGAGAUGGACCGGUUGUUGCAUAUACAGUCUACGUUAACCCAAACAAUGGUUCCUCAUGGAUGAUUGCUGGCAGAUUGUCAGUAACAGAUCCAUCACAAGCAUCGUACAGCUUUCUGAUUGAAAACUUGCAGCUAGGGGCUCUGUAUGCUAUUAGUGUAGCUGCAGUAAGAGAUGGUGAAGGAGGGGAAGGAUCGAAAAGUCCUCCGACUGUGAUCCAAACCAAACUGCCACCGAAAACACGAACAACUCAGGGACCUACAGAUGCAGCACCGGAUGCAGCUAAACAACGAGGAUCGAACACCUAUGUAAUUGUUGUCUGUGUCGUCAUUGUAGCCCUCAUUCUGGUUUUGGGGUGUUCAAUUUUUAUCUUCCGAGUACGAAAGCGAAAAAGACGGCGUGAUCCUGAUGCCCAGGAACUGGUAUGUUACGAGAAUGAGAUGUAUCUCGCUGAUCAAGUUGAAACAACAAAUAUUGGUUAUCCUGCCUGGGCCAAGCCAUGGAGUGUCUCAUGGGGUGAUUUGAUGGUUGGAACCAGAGUGCUUGGAGAGGGUCGUUUUGGUAAAGUGCUACUUGGUGGAGUGAGGAAUGGUGGGGAAAUUAGCAACGCAGCCAUUUAUCAAUUACAAGCAAAUGCAUCUCCAAAUAAAAAGGAAAAUUUCUUCGACGAUUUCCGAACCAUGGCUCAAAUUGGACGUCAUCCUAACGUUGUCAGCAUUCUGGGUGCAUGUGAUCACGAGGAAGCUUUGUAUGUAGCUCUGGAGUACUUACCCAACGGUGACCUUCGCUCCUACCUGAGGAAAGCUCGACACGUGGAUGAGGAUAAUAGUCAAGGAGUUGUUCUGUCUUCGAAGAAACUGCUUGAGUUCGCUUUGGAUGUGGCGAAAGGAAUGAAACAUCUGGCUGCAUCUGGGAUGAUACAUCGAGAUUUGGCAGCAAGAAAUAUUCUCCUAGACAUCAACCUGAAUGCCAAGAUUUCCGACUUCUGUUUGGCACGAGGGGAAAAUAUUUAUGUGCAAAUGUCAAAGACUCGUGUACCUACUCGCUGGUUGUCUCUCGAAUCGUUGACGAAAAACGAAUACACCUCAAAAAGUGACGUAUGGUCAUACGGAAUCCUUCUCUGGGAAAUUGCAACUCAUGGUGGAACUCCAUACGCAGGGAUUAAAACUGAAUCCAUGGUGUUAAGACUUGAGGAUGGCUACCGCAUGCCUAAACCGAGCAACUGUGAUGAGAACAUCUAUGAUUUGAUGACUCAGUGCUGGCAGGAAGAUCCAGGUGAUCGACCAUCCUUUAAGAAACUUGUAUCCAUUCUCACAAGAAUGACUACCGGAAACACUGACCAGGUAUACAUGAGACUGAUUUCAAGAGCAGAGAAGAAUGAAUAUGAGGAAAUAAAUCCAGAUUUUGAUGAUAACUGAAACCAGAAACAGAAAUGAUAUAGGCCUACUUAUAAGUAUCCCAUCGAUUGAACUAAGGAGUCAAUAUUAUUACGUGUUACCCUUUUUAACAAUUUAAGAGAUAAGUAACUCUCUAUAAUACUCAAGAUAGAGUACGCAAUACCGGUACAAAUAUUUGUAAUGUUUAACUAUAAAACAUUAUUUUUUUGCAAUUUUAGCUGUGUUUUCAGCAAAACCAGCUGUAUUUAAAGGGGAAGUGUUUUGUGUUUUUUCGUAUGUUUGUAUUGUCUAACUCUUUGUAAAUUAUCUUAUUCCUAAUCGUUCUCCUAUUUAACUUGAUACAUCGAAUAACAUUUUUCUUCUUAAAAUGUCUGUAUACGUUUGGUACUGAUUGAAUAUUAAUGGCAAGGGGCGAGCUUACGUGGUACGAAGUACACCAGCUUUUGAUAGUAUAGUGAAUUUUUAGAGACAUUUCACUUGGAAAUACUACGAGGAUGGAAAAAGAGAAAACUUGAUGUCAGAAACCUUAGUAUAUUUAGGAGCGUAACCACUGUAUUGCUUCACAGACUCUGUAUUCUUAGUAAAGGUUAACUCUUCCUGCAUGGACAUACUAUUCGCUCCGGAUUUUCGGCGAUAAGUAAAAAAUGCGACCGUUUUGAGAAAUGCAAUUUCAUGGGUUAGUUUUUGUCAUCUAACUUGAUGUGCCUAAUAGUUUGAAUAUAAUUCUGUUUAACGAUCACUCAGAUCAGGGUGUAUGUGGAUGUUUUACUGCAAGUGUGGUCGAUAUGUUCCUGCCACACUGAGCGUGUGUAGCGGUCAGAGCACAACAUGUAUUUAAAUAUUUAAAUAAUUUCAAUCCUCUACUUUUCGGUUAACUAUAUCACCAACUUUAAAAUCAAUAUGUGAAUGUUCCGUCAUGGUUUUAAACAUGAAUUUCAGGGUGUUCUUAAAUGUUUUUGGUGAAUCUUGUAACACGAUGAAAUGGUUAAAGAAUAGUUUUCUAGAAGAUGACAGUGAAUUUAACUCUCACAACAACGUAUUCCAAUUUCUGCAGGGCACCUAAUAAGUAAGUACGAUAUGUCUUUUUAUCUUAAGUAAUAUAUUUUUUAUAUAUAAAAGAAAGAGCCUUAGGACACGAAUGUUACAAACAUUACAGUAAAAAUGGGUUUACGUUUUGUGAAAUACAGUGAGGGUAAAUAAAAGAUCUUCAGAUCUUUAUCAUGAAAUACAGAUUGAUUAUCUAUGAUUUUAUUUUCAUAACCUUAAUCGCCAGAUUACGUUUUGCCCCCACAGAAAGACUUAUGUUUUUGAUGAGACUUAUGUUUUUGAUGAGGCUUAGUAUCACACCUUGUAAAAAUAAAAUUAAACGAUGAAGAAAGGUUUCCACGGACAAAACUGCACGGAAACAGAUUAUAUUUUACAUAAUAAUGAUGGUGAAAUACUUUCUAUGGCCUUACAUAUUGACACUAGGUACACGACGUUUCUAUACUAUAUAAUUGUACAGUAGCGCUUCAACACUGCAUACCGGGCGCGUAUAGUUCCCCGAUUUCCUAAUUUACAAAUUUUCAAUGGUUCCUGUGUAAGAGUGUGCACAGUGCAGAUAGUGGGAACAAAUUGAUUCAAAACAAUGCGUUUUUCACAUUAAAAUGCUGUUG